UAGAGUGGACCCGAAUUUUAAACGCUGGGAUUGUCCCUUUAACUACACCCACACCCUCAAAUCCAUACAAACGUAACAUGCAAGACACACGACACGUAACCCGCGUUCAAAAGCCGGGCCACGUGACACAAAUACGUCUCUUGUCAUGGGAACAAGUUAUUACCAGGAAGUGAAAGCGACAGGUUGUCUUACCGGUUUUUAGAGAUUUGGUGAUGCAUUUGCAGCUUCUGCUUAGAAAGCUGAUGACUGAUGCAAGGAAAAAGGAUACUAAGUUACUGAUUAAGACUGGAUGAUAAGGGAACUUCGUACGGAGAGAGAGUAGUUCUGUGGUUUUCCAGAUGUUACUUGCCUUAUUUCCGUUUUUGGAGUGCACUUAUCGAACGAAGCUGAUGGCAGAUGAAUGACAGAAGGAAGAGGGGAAGAGAGAGGACUUUUCCCUGAAGAAUGCUGAGGAGAAACAGUGUGAUUGCAUGGGGGGUAGUCCUCUUCAUUGCUUGGAAUGCCAUACUUCUUUUCUUCCUUUGGUCCCGUCCACCAUCAGGUACUGGAACUUUGAAUGCUGAUGAAUUAACCCUUGAAGUCAUCAAGUUAGCACAGGAUGUGGAGUUGGAACUGGAGAAACAAAAGACAGUACUGAAACAAAUUGAGAGACAUCGGGGAUCUUGGGAGCACAAAGGCAACAAAAAAGAACAAUCUCCAGUACCUACAUCCAAACAUGUGCAAGUUGCUGAAGAGGCAGGUCUUCAGAAAACUGCAAGUCUCAGUGUGAUUCCAGAUGUCAAAGAUAUUGUCAUCCCUAUACUGGUAAUUGCAUGUGACAGAGUCACUGUGAGAAGAUGUCUGGAUAAAUUGCUACAGUAUCGUCCCUCCAAGGAGUUGUUCCCCAUAAUUGUCAGCCAGGACUGUGGACAUGAAGACACUGCACGGGCCAUCCGCUCCUAUGGAGACAAGGUGAUGCACAUCCGCCAGCCUGAUUUGACUGACAUUCCAGUCACCACAGAGCAUCGCAAGUUUCAGGGCUACUACAAGAUUGCACGACAUUAUCGUUGGGCCCUUAAUCAAAUUUUCCACACCUUUAAGUACCAGGUAGCAGUCAUUGUGGAAGAUGACUUAGAAGUGGCCCCUGACUUUUUUGAAUAUUUCCGUGCUACCUUUCCUCUCCUCAUUGAGGACAAGAGCUUGUGGUGUGUCUCGGCCUGGAAUGACAAUGGUAAGGAGCAGAUGGUGGAUGCCAAACAUUCAGAGUUGUUGUACCGCACAGACUUCUUCCCUGGUCUAGGCUGGAUGUUGCUUAAGGAAGUAUGGGAAGAGUUGGAGCCGAAGUGGCCUAGGGCUUUCUGGGAUGACUGGAUGCGCCACCCUGACCAACGGAAAGAUCGAGCCUGUAUCCGCCCUGAAGUCUCCAGGACUAUGACCUUUGGGCGCAAAGGAGUUAGCUUGGGGCAGUUCUUUGACCAGUACCUUAAGUUCAUUAAACUGAGUGACCAAUUUGUGCCUUUCACCAAACUAGAUCUCUCAUACCUCAAGAAGGAGGACUAUGACCGGAUGUUUCAUGAGACUGUGUAUAAUGCCCCUGAACUGCGUGUUGAUGAACUACAGGGGAACAAGAGGAUGGAGCUUGGAACUGUACGAGUACAGUACUCCAGCCGGGACACUUUCAAAGUCUUUGCCAAAGCUUUGAGCAUAAUGGAUGACCUCAAGUCAGGUGUGCCAAGGGCUGGUUACCAUGGUGUGGUCAGCUUCCUUUUUCGUGGUCGGCGGGUAUACCUGGCACCUCCUGCUGACUGGACAAAGUAUGACCCUUCUUGGAGCUAGCAAGACUAGACUGUCUUAAGACUGCCCAAGGCAUUCCAAGAUGCCUAUUUACUUUCUCAACAAAGUGUGAACUCCAUUGGAAAGUGGAGUCUUCAGUAAACACAGAACCUAUUUUGAGAAUAGAAGUUUAUUUUUGUUUACAAAAAAAGAAAUCAAAACCACUUGUGUAAUAGAUAAUUGUCUUUCAACCGUUAUUUCUCUUCUUAACAUUUAUACUGUGCUUGACAGUUUCAUAAAGUCUAUGCUGUUGAUGGUUUUCUUUUUUUCUUAUAUAUAUCUGUGAGCAACCACCAUUGUAGGGAGGCAGAGUGCUGCCAUUUCCAUUGUGCUCAGCUUUGUCUUUCAAUAACUUCUGCAUCCGUCUUUUUCUUUGGUUUAUAAGUAAUCUGCUGUGGCUCCUACAUUAGCUAGAAGCCUGCUGUGCUACUUUGUGCUAAAGGAAAAUUCUACUCUUUAAUUUAGUUAACCUUAUCCCAUCAGUGUUCAUCAUGCAUACAGCUGCAGUCAUUACAGAUGGGUUAUCCUGCCGUCAGACUUGUCCUCGGUCGGCUGAAUUCCAAAGUCUAGGUC